AUCUCUCUCAUGGCAGUUGGCACGGGUUUCUCGAGAAGCUCCCUGUUAAACUGGAGCAGGCCAUGUGGGAUGGGGUUGGGAGUCACAGUUGGGUCAAGUUACACACAAAAAAAUCAGGUUGUAAGGACUCCUCACACCCCUCCCCAACACUGCAGUGUUCAGCUCCAGAGGGUCCACGCGCUUCUUACAAGUUUUCUCCGAAACUCAGCCAAGGAUGGGACAAGACGCAGGGAAUUUACUCCAUGUAGCGUUCGUCCAGCGCGAGUAGGAUUAUUUACAUCCGAACUUUUUUCUAGGAACUCAAGGCACUUGGUUGAACUGGUUAGGGACAAUUUAAAACUUUUUUUUUUUUUUUGCAAAUUAACUUAUCUUUUUUUCUCCCACAAACAAUUGGUUUACAUUUUUUUAUUUUUGUAAUAAUUCGUUUUUUACGGUUAUUUCUUCAUAUGACUAUUUUAAAUAGAGGUCUAAUGAAUUUCAAGCAAGAAUGAAUAAGUUUAUCGUUAGUUUCCUAAUUUUGGCGCUGACCACCAGCGCGCUCUCCUCAUCCGUUUCGCCGGUGAAGAGACACUCUGGCGCGGAUGACAGCGCCUCAACACUGGCCUUUGUCUUCGAUGUUACCGGCUCUAUGUACGACGAUCUCAAACAGGUGAUAGAUGGUGCUUCUCGGAUCUUGGAGAGAACCCUGAGCCGCAGAACAAGACCAAUCAAGAACUUCGUGCUGGUUCCUUUCCAUGAUCCAGACAUUGGUCCUGUUUCCAUCACUACUGAUCCCAAGAAGUUCCAGAAGGAUCUCCAAGAGCUGUUUGUUCAGGGUGGAGGGGAUUGUCCAGAGAUGAGCAUUGGGGCAAUCAAGAAGGCUCUGGAGGUCUCUCUACCUGGAUCCUUCAUCUAUGUUUUCACAGAUGCCCGAGCCAAAGAUUAUCGCUUGAAAAGAGAUGUUCUUCAGCUUGUACAGCUCCGGCAGUCUCAGGUUGUGUUUGUGUUGACGGGGGACUGUGGGGAUCGGUCCCAGCCGGGAUACAGAGCUUAUGAGGAGAUUGCUGCCACCAGCUCUGGUCAAAUUUUUCACCUGGACAAACAGCAAGUCAAUGAGGUUCUUAAAUGGGUUGAGGAAACUGUCCAGGCUAUGAAGGUCCACCUUCUCUCGUCCGAUCAUGAAACUGCCCAGGAGACUCAGUGGGAGGUGUCCUUUGACCCCAGUUUAAAAGAAGUCACCGUGUCAUUGAGUGGUCCAGCACCACAAAUUGAGCUCAGAGACCCUCUUGGUCGUGUAGUUGGAGAGAGACAGGGUCUGACAGAACUGCUGAACAUCCCAAACUCAGCACGGGUGGUCAACCUGAAGAACCCUCGACCAGGACCAUGGACAUUAAAGGUGGGCUGUGGUGGGAGACACACACUUAGAGUAACAGGUGUGAGCAACCUGGAUUUCAGGGCGGGUUUUUCUAGUGUACCUGUCACAGAGUUCAGCAGGACCAGAGAGAGACCUAUUAAAGGCGUACCAGCCCACGUGAUGCUGAAGUGUUCAGGUCUGAAGCCUCCUGGUCUGGUUACCAAUAUGGAGCUAGUAUCUUUAGGGGGGCGCUCGUUGCGUACUAUUCCUGUGCCUUUGCCUGAUGAUGGAGGUUCAGGAGGUAUUUGGAGGAUCCCAGAGUUUCGAACACCCUCUCAGAGCUUCUUCCUCAAAGUGUCUGGGAAUGAUGGAGAUGGCUAUAACUUUCAGAGACUCUCUAGUGUGUCAUAUACCAACAUUAUCCCAGAGCCCCCUCAAGUGAACAUGCCCACUGUGGUAAGAGGCUUCUACAUGCAGCCUGUUACGAUUGACUGCUCUGUGGAAAGUGACCUGCCCUAUAGGCUGAGACUCACCAAAGGCGGAAGCACAAUAGGAGAGGAAAGAACCUAUGAGUCUUCAGUUAAAGCAUCAUGGGAAAUUCCCCAUGCCUCAGGCAGUGAUGAAGGAGUGUAUGAAUGUGUGGCCCAGAGCACUGCAGGCAUGGGACGAGCUCUCACGCAACUCACUAUCAGAGAGCCCCCUCCUGUUCUGCAUCCUCCUGUGAAUGUGACGUCAUUCCCCGGGACAGUGGCAGUGCUGUCCUGUCAAGUUCAAGGCUCUGUGCGGCACAACCUGACCUGGUAUCGGACCGGCACUGCUUUAUCAUCCCGCUCAGGAAGGGUGAAAGUACUGGCCAAUUCCUCUUUGGAGAUCAGUUGGGUUCGCAGCCAGGACGCUGGACCCUACCAGUGCAGAGCCACAAAUACCCACGGAGAGAGCCAGGCUGUCGUAUGGCUGGUGGUCCUAGAGGCCCCAUCUGUGGUUGUCUCCCCUCAGACACAAAGCUUUUCUCUGGGUGCAGAAUUCCACAUCUCCUGUUCGGCAUCUGGUUCCCCUCCUCCAAAGGUUUUCUGGAGCCAUGGCAACAUCUUUCUGUCCAACCACCAUCGAAUGAGCAUCUCUGAGUCUGGCACACUGACGGUCCAAGGAGCUGUCCCUGAGGAUGCUGGGAACUAUACGUGCCUGGCCACCAACGAGGCUGGCACUGCCUCUCAGUCUGUUAGUGUCAGUUAUGCAGAACCUCCGAGUAUCUCUGUUGCACAGCAGGUGGUGAUGGUCAUUGCUGGUGAAGAUGCCAGUCUUGAAUGUCAGGCUUCUGGCACUCCUCCUCCAUUAGUAAAAUGGCAAAAAGGGGAUCUGGAUCUGGGAACAGUUCCAUUUGCGGAGCAGAAUGUCCAUCGUGGAUCCCUGCGGAUCCGUGGGGUUCAGGAACUGGAUUCUGGAGACUAUACCUGUGUGGCCUCAAAUGUUGCAGGGUCUGCCUCUGCUGUGGUCAUACUACAGGUGGGAGCUGCUCCUACGUUCUCCGAGUCUCCCGUGGACAUAGCAGCCGGUGUGGGUGAUAACAUUACUCUACCAUGCAUCGCCCGUGGUUUCCCCACACCUUCUCUGACAUGGAGACGCCAGGAUGGACGUCCCAUUUUUGGAAAGUCAUCUGGCCACGUCGGCACCUCUCAACUGUCUUCCGGUGCCCUUCAGAUCCAGAGUAUUUGGGUUGAUGAUGAAGGUGUUUAUGUUUGUGAGGCCAAAAACCAGUUUGGAUCCAUCAAGGCUCUUGCCAGAGUCACUGUUACUGGCUUAGAAGCCCCAUUAUUAGUUCAAGGUGCACCAGCUGUCACAGUGAUGAUCGGUCAGCCUUUGAACCUUCCCUGUAUGUUAUUAGAUGGCAUUCCUCUUCCUGACAGGGUCUGGACGCACAAUGGAAAACAAGUGCGUGUUGGUGGAAGAGUCUUUCUAAGGAGUGACGGCAGUCUUCAUGUAGAUAGAGCUGGAGCAGGUGAUACUCUGACACAUAUGUCCCCUCCUGAUAUCAAGGCUGGUCCUCUGCACUACACAGCCAACGAGGGCACACCCAUCUCCCUGUCCUGUGAAGCAAGUGGUUUCCCCAAACCCACCAUCGUCUGGUCCAAGGGUCGAGAUCCCUCAAACAGGCCUGUGUAUGCACCUCUUGAGGCAGCUGGUGGAAGUCUGUACAUCCCCAGUCCCACAGCGGAGGAUGCAGGGGUUUAUGUGUGCACCGCCACCAGUGCUGUGGGCUACACCAGCAGAGAGAUGCAUCUGAGUGUUAACAGCAAACCAAGAAUUGCUGGUGCUGACGGGUCACAAGCAAUGGUUAAAAUGGCAGCUGAGGUUGGAUCAGAGGUCAUCCUACCAUGUGAAGUUCAUGGAAGUCCUACACCUCUGGUGACUUGGAGCAGAAAUGGGCAACCGAUACCUCCUGUCACAGCCUGGUUCACCAUUCUGCCGUCUGGUUCUCUGAAGAUUAGUGAUGUCAGGCUGAUAGAUAGUAAAUUCUACACCUGUUCUGCUGCUAACCCAGCUGGCAACGUCUCACUCACCUACAAUUUGCAAGUACAAGCUAAACCAAGGAUUCAGCCAGCACCUCCGUCUCUUAAGGCUCUGAUUGGCCAGACGGUGGUGUUGCCAUGUGUGGUCCAAGGAGAGCCAAGCCCUCAGAUCAGCUGGCUUCAUAACGGACUUCUUGUGAGCAGUGAUAGGAUGCUGAAGAUCCAGGCGGUCCAGCACUCGGACAGCGGCACGUAUAGUUGUGUAGCCAAGAAUAGUGCUGGAGAAGAUACCAUCGAGAUUGUUCUGAACAUUUUAGAGGGCCCCUAUUUUAAGACAAAUGGAGAGACCAUCAUUGAGACUGUGGCUAACAGCAGAGUGCUCAUCCCUUGCCCUGCAAGAGGGUCUCCUGCUCCUUGGGUGCGAUGGUUCAAAAAUGGCCUGGAGGUCCAUAUGGAGCGAUCGGAGCAUGGUGUGUCUUUGGCUGAGAAUGGCUCGCUGGUGAUUGGCUCAGCUUCGGCCAGUCACAGUGGAGAUUUUAAGUGUGUGGCCAGUAAUGAAGCAGGAUCAGUGGAAAGGAAGACCAGGCUAAAGGUCAAUGUUCCACCAGAGAUCCAAGAUGAUGGGCAACCUUCGAAUCUGACGGUCACACUGAAGCAGCCCCUCACACUGGGAUGUGAUGCUUUCGGUAUCCCAACCCCAACCAUUACCUGGACUAAAGACAACAGACCUGUAUUGGAGACUCCAGGGGUGUAUCUGCAGAAUGGAAAAAGACUUUUAAAGAUUUACCGUGUUCAGCAUGAUCACGCUGGCCACUUUUCAUGCACUGCCCAGAACUCUGCUGGGGAAGCCAGGAGGGAGUAUAUUAUUGAAGUACAAGCUCCUCCAGUAAUUUCAGGCACCUCAGGAGUGCAGGAACUAACCGUCAUUGCUGGGCAGGAAGUGGACAUGCAGUGCAGAGUUAGUGGCCACCCACUGCCUACAGUGGAAUGGAGUCAUGAUGGAGAAAUUUUAUCCCCUAAUGGAGACCCUCAUGUGGAGUUUCUGGAGAAGGGGCAGGUUUUGAGAGUCAAGUCUGUCAAGCCGAGGGAUCGUGGCCUAUAUCAUUGUAAGGCCAGUAACAACGCUGGGACUCAGACACGGCAGUUCAGGCUGAAUGUACAAGCUGCUCCCAUGAUUCGUGAUGCCGGUGAGAAUUCAGAGGUGACUGUCGUUCUGGGCUUCCCUGCUGUUCUUCACUGCGAAGUAGAGGGGAUCCCACUUCCCACUAUCACCUGGCUAAAGAAAAACCAGCCCAUUGUGUCCAGCCCUCAGCUCACCUACACACAGGGUGGACAGUCUUUGCGUGUGGCUGCGGCCCGUGGUGAGGAUGCAGGCACCUACACAUGCCGAGCAACCAACCCCGCUGGAACAGCACACAGACACCACACACUAAGAAUUAUGGUGCCUCCACAGAUUGAGGGGGAUUCUACGACUCUCAACUUUGGCAAAAGAGAAGAGAAAGUGAGAAUUAAUGGGACAUUGACUUUGUCAUGCCUGGCUAAAGGCUUUCCAGAGCCUGUCACACAAUGGUUUAAAGAUGGACAGCUAUUAAAUGGGAAAAAAAAAACCUCAAUUAAAUCUAACACUCAUCCACAAAAAUUAAAUACAAACACACACACCGGACUGAGAGUGAACAGUCACCUGCUCCUCAUCGAGAAUGCCAUGUUGUCUCAUGAGGGCCAGUACACAUUUCCUCCAAUCUUUCACCGGGUAAUAAAUGGUGCUGCUGGUUUCUCACUGGGGGAGAGAGAAGAUGAAGAGAGUCCUGACGGCACUGAAGGGAUGGUUGAAAGACGAGAGGUGGUACUUGGACACUCCAUCAGUCUGUCCUGUGAGAGCAAUGCUAUUCCUCCUCCUCGGCUCAGCUGGUACAGACAAGGCAGGCAACUUACCAGCUCAGAUUUUGUGUGUUUCUCUUCAGGAGGGAACGUCCUGCAGAUCCCACGGGUUCAGCUUGAGGAUGCUGGGAAAUACACCUGCCAGGCUGUGAAUGAAGCUGGAGAGGACAAAAUGCACUAUGACCUGGAGGUGUUGGUUCCUCCUUUGCUUGAUGGCCAGACUGAUGAGUUCAUGCAGGAUGUGGAUGCUGUGGUCAACUCGACUAUAUCACUGCGCUGUGAUGUCACAGGAAACCCCACUCCAUCUGUGUCUUGGCUGAAGGAUGGUCUGGCCCUCUACAGCAGCCCUCACCAUCAGAUACUAGAGGAUGGGAAACUGCUGGAGAUACUGAAUGUGCAAGUGUCAGAUGUGGCCAGUUAUCAGUGUGUGGCGGAGAAUAAGGCUGGAGCUGUCGAGAGACUCUACAGCUUGUCUGUUCAAGUUCCACCAAGGAUUGUGGGUCAACGAGAGGAGGAUAUGAGUGUGGUGGAGGGUCACAUGAUCUCUCUGCUGUGUGAUAUGCAGGCGUACCCACCUGCUGACCCUGGUGACAUCAUCUGGACCAAAGAUGGGCAGGUGCUGGAGUUUAGCACUGGCAUCCACAUACUGCCAGGUGGUCAGAUGCUGCAACUUCCCAGGGCUGGACAGCAAGAUGCCGGCCAGUAUGUCUGUACAGCCACAAACUCAGCCGGACAAGACCAAAAGAGCAUUCUCCUUACCGUCUACGCCCUGCCUACACUGGUGCCACGUCUUGAAUCAGAGUCAGAGGUUAUGACCCCUCAGGUCGGGUCAUCAAUUAUUCUGCGUUGUGAAGCCAACGGCACCCCUGAACCAGAGGUCACAUGGUAUCGUAAUGGACUUCAGCUGACUGCUGGCAAUGGUUUGAGGAUAGAGCACCAGCAGCUUGAGAUAGUUGGGGUGCAGGUGGCUGAUGGUGGGGUGUACACCUGUAAGGUGUCCAACAUUGCAGGUCAAGUAGAUCGCACCUUUAGAGUAACAGUCCAUGUGCCUCCUGUGAUGGAGGGCCCUCUUCAUGAGACCCUCACUCAGAACAUGGGCUCACACAUCACCCUCAUCUGUGAGGCCUCUGGCGUACCUGUACCCAACAUUGCCUGGCUGAAAGAUGGCUCUCCUAUCGAAAGCAGUUUGCAGUGGAACUGGUCAGCGAGAGGAAACAGACUGGAGUUAGGCCCUCUGCAGGUCUCUCAUGAGGGCAUUUACACUUGCAUUGCUAAAAACAGCGAAGGACAGGCACAGAAGGACUACUCACUUACUAUAUACGCGUCACCCACAAUUAUAGAUUCUGGCCACCCAUCAGAGGUCAGUGCACCUGUUGGCGAGGAACUGACUCUUGAAUGUCGGGUGAUGGGUACACCCACUCCCAAAGUGAGCUGGCUGAAGAACGGAAAGACUCUUGAGAAUGGAAACACAGAGCAUAUAGAUAUAUCUCCUGAUGGGAGCACUCUAACACUUCUGAAUAUAAGGCCAGAAGACUCAGGAACAUACACCUGCUUGGCUGUCAGCUCUGCUGGCCAAGAGAGCAAAAUCUAUACCUUGUUUGUACUGGUUCCUCCCUCCAUGAGUGGGGAGACCAGCGUCCCCCGUGAGGUGCACACCACUCAGCACAGUGUGGUCACACUGGAGUGCAAAGCCACUGGGAUUCCUCAACCCCAAAUCAGCUGGCUGAGGGACGGUCAUCCUUUACUCCUGUCACCCCGUGUCCAUCUGCUUUCUGCAGAUACUAUUCUUAGGAUUGCACCGGUACAGCUGUCUGAUUCUGGCAUCUACACUUGUGUGGCUCGUAGCAGAGCUGGUUCAGCUGAACUCAACUUUGACCUCCAUGUGCAAGCUCCCCCUGCCGUUGAACGCACAGAGCCGACUGAGCAGGUUGCCGUGGUCCAGGGCUCUUCAGUAACAUUGACUUGUGAAGCCCGCGGUGUGCCUCCUCCAACUCUAUCGUGGCUGAAAGAUGGCCAACCACUUUCACUGCACCGUAAUCUUCUGCUGGAUGGACAGGAAACCCGCUUCCUGCUCUCUGAUGUGGGUCCCAGUGAUGGAGGCCUCUACAGCUGUGUGGCGAGCAACCAGGCAGGAAGCAGUACCAAGACUUUCAACCUGACCGUGCUAGAGCCCCCCAAGAUCUCUGGCCCUUCAUCCCCUGACGAGCAGCUGGUUGCAGUGGACAGUGUGCUGGAGCUGGAGUGUAUUGCGGCUGGUCUUCCCCCUCCAACCCUUAGCUGGCUGAAAGAUGGGCGUCCACUACAAGACAGCAUGGCAGUAAUAGAGAGAGAUGGGCAGCUGCUCAGAAUCAACAAAGUUCAGGUGGAGGAUGCAGGUCUGUAUACCUGUAUUGCUAGUAGCCCAGCAGGAGAGGAUGGAAGAAACCACUGGGUGCGCAUACAGCUUCCACCCACUCUUCUCGGCUCUAAUGACGUCAGAACUGUAUCAGUUCCAGCUAAAGGUCACUUGACACUGGAAUGUCAAACUGACAGUGACCCUCCACCAGAGAUUGAGUGGUACAGGGAUGAUGUCAAACUACAGUUGGGAGGUCGAAUUCAGUCCAUUGCUGGUGGACAGUAUUUGGAAAUUCAAGAUGUGCGGACCCAAGAUAGUGGACAGUACAGCUGUGUGGUCACCAACAUUGCUGGCAGUACCAGUCUGUUCUUCACUGUAGAGAUUCUCUUGCCGCCGGUCAUCAGAGAGGGCAGCUCACUGAUCGUAGCACAUGUAAAUCAGGAUGCAGUGUUGCCAUGUGAGGUGGAGGGAGGGCCUUCCUCAUCUGUCUUGUGGAGGAAAGAUGGCGGUCCAGUCCCACUUCACCAUGGCAGAUUCACCUUGCUAUCAGAAGGCUCUUUGCGCAUUGCGUCAGUGCAGCUAUCUGACACCGGGCGUUACUACUGCAGUGUAUCAAAUCAGGCAGGAUCAGAUCAUCGCGCCAUGGACCUUAAAGUCUACGUUGGGCCCUCGAUCAGCCCUGGCCCCUUUAAUGUGACGGUGGUCACAGGUCAGAGAGCAGUGUUGAGUUGUGAGAGCACUGGCAUACCUGCUCCUCAGGUGAGCUGGAAAAGGAAUGGCUCACCCCUUAAUGUGGAUCUUCAGUCUGGCGCUUACAGGUUAAUGUCUUCUGGCUCUCUGAUCAUUACCUCACCAUCUGUUGAGGAUGAGGGCUACUUUGAGUGCACAGUGACCAAUGAGGUUGGAGAAGAGCGAAGAGUCAUAGAGGUCAUUCUGCAAGUUCCUCCUGUAAUUAAAGAUGAUGUCAGCAGUGUUACAGCUGUUAAAAUGUCCCCUGUCGUGUUGCCAUGUCAUGCCACGGGCCGUCCAGACCCUGUCAUCAGCUGGAACAAGAAUUGGAUGCAGCUGGGUGCUCGAGGGGGCAGUUACCGUGUGCUGCCCACAGGUGCACUAGAGAUCUUGGCUGCAACACCUAGUCAUGCUGGCAAAUAUACCUGCUCUGCCCGCAAUUCUGUUGGUGUGGCUUAUAAACACGUUACUCUUACUGUACAGGAGCCCCCAGAGAUCAGACCCAUGGCAGAAGAAGUCCAGGUGGUGUUACAUCACUCAGUGGUUCUACCCUGUGAAGUACAAGGAUUCCCAAGACCCACCAUUACAUGGCAGCGAGAAGGUGUUCCUGUGGCGACAGGUCAUAGACUGACAGUGCACCCCAAUGGAGCUUUGAAGUUUUCACGGGUCACUCUUGGAGAUGCCGGAACAUACCAGUGUUUAGCACAGAAUGAUGCAGGAACAGCUAUGGGAAGAACCAACCUCAUUUUACAAGUUCCUCCGGUGUUGUCUGUGCCUCGUCUGGAGUACACAGCUGUUCUUGGCCAGCCAGUCAGUCUGGAGUGUAGUGCGGACGGUCAGCCAAAGCCAGAAGUGACGUGGCACAGAGAGCGUAGGCCUGUGGUGGAGGGCACACACCUGAGACUGUUCUCUAAUGGCACGCUGCACAUCACUGCCACUCAGCGCAGCGAUGCAGGAAUCUACACCUGCUCUGCCCGAAACAACGCUGGUAGAGCCAGCCAUGAUAUCAGAGUAAUUCUGCAAACCCCACCACAGAUUUCUGUUGGUCAGUCAGAGGUGUCCGUCAUCCAGGGAUUUCAAGCACUUCUGCCAUGUACAGCACAGGGUCUUCCAGAGCCCAGGGUGAGCUGGGAGAAACAGGGAGUCCCUGUGCCAACCCUCCCAGGCAAAUUCACUCUGCUGAGGUCAGGAGAACUGAUUAUCGAAAGGGCUGAGCCUGGUGAUGCAGGUCUGUUCACAUGUGUAGCCACCAACACUGCUGGCACUGCUCGACGGGACAUUCGCCUGUCUGUCAACAUGAGACCUGCUUUUAAAGAGUUACCUGGUGAUGUGACAUUGAAUAAAGGUCAAAGUCUCACCUUAUCCUGCCAUGCUCAGGGUACUCCACCCCCCACCAUAACCUGGACUGCCAACAACAGGCCCUAUAUAGGUGCAAGUGUUGAUGGAUCUGGCAGAAGUUCAGUGAUUAUUGACAAUGUCACUGUAAGUGAUGGUGGCACCUACGUCUGCAUUGCAGAGAACACUGUAGGAUCCAUAAGGGCUCUUUCGUUUGUGCGUGUCAGAGAACCUCCCAUGCUGAGAGGGGAAGCCCACACCACUCAGACUGUAGUUCAGGGUAAAGCUGCCAUGCUGGACUGCGCUGUCAGUGGGGAUCCUGUACCUUCCUUGCGGUGGUACAAAGAUGGCCAGCCGAUACUUGGAUCUCUGCGCUUUCAUCCCCUCCGCAAUGGCUCUCUGGCUCUGUAUAGUGCCACGAUCGGAGAUUCAGGAGAGUACAGAUGUGUUGCUGAAAGUGAGGCGGGCGUUGUGGAAAGAACAAUAUCACUGAAAGUACAAGUUCCAGGGGGCUACUCAAACUGGGAGGAGUGGGGCCCGUGCAGUACCACCUGUGGGCAAGGCAUCCAGGAGCGAAUCAGAUUCUGUAACAACCCAUCUCCAGCCAAUGGUGGCCCAUCGUGCGAGGGUCCAAAUGUGGAUUCCAGGAAAUGUCAGGCCUCUUUGUGUCCAGGCGAGUCUCCACGGCGUGCACGGGGCAGUCUGAUAGGCAUGAUUAAUGAGAAGGAGUUUGGAGUGGCCCAUCUGGAAGCCAAUAUCACAGAGAAUGAAGCGGAUGGCACCAGCACGCUGGAAGCCCAUGUAGAAAACAUUCCUCCAAGUGUCGGUCCUUUGUUGCGAGUUCUUGUGUCAGUAUUUGCCCCAGUUUACUGGACAACUGUACAUCAAUCACCGGAAACCCAAAAUGGCUUCUCUCUCACUCAAGGGCAGUUCAGACAGGAAUCUCAGCUGGAGUUUGACACAGGAGAGGUCUUAAAGAUGACUCAUGUGGCCAGAGGUCUGGAUGCAGAAGGGGCUCUGCUAGUGGACAUUGUGAUCAACGGCUUUGUUCCUCCUAUGCUGUUGACUUCUAAUCUUAAUCUGCAGGAGUUUGACGAGUCAUAUGUGCAGACAGGCUCCGGGCAGCUCUAUUCCUGGUCCUCACAGAAUCACAUGUGGGACGGGGCUCCUCUGACCCUAAGAUGCAAUCAUUCUGUGGUUUUUGAAGGGCCGGAAAACCGUCAGGGGCCCCUGCUGCAGCUCCUCAGACUGACAGGAAUAAGUAGCACCUACAGCUUUUUCACUCUCAGCCUGGAGUUCAAGAUGACUGCCAGCUUACUCAUACCAGAGGGUGAUGGAGAGACAUGUCCAAAAGGUUUUGUAUUGGACACAGCAUCUUACUGUGCUGAUGAGGACGAAUGUGCUGUAGACUCUCCCUGCUCACACUCAUGUAAUAAUAUCAUGGGUGGUUUCUCCUGCGCCUGUCCUUCUGGAUUCACCAUCUCUACCGAGUCCAACACCUGCCGAGAUAUUGAUGAGUGCACCCAAGGGUCCCACUUGUGUCACCCCAACCAGCAGUGUGUGAACACUGUUGGGACGUAUCGCUGUCAAGCCAAGUGUGGCCUGGGCUUCAAACCCAGUUUAGUUGGCACCAGCUGUGAAGAUGUGGAUGAGUGUCAAGAAUCAGCAGUCUCUCCGUGCCAGCAGCAGUGUUUCAAUACUCUAGGCUCCUACCGUUGCACCUGCCAUCCAGGAUACCAGCUAGUGGGACAUCGCUGCCUGGAUAUAAAUGAGUGUUUGAGGAAUGUGUGUCCAGCACACCAGCAGUGCCGAAACACAGAUGGAGGAUAUGAGUGUUUUGACAGCUGCCCAUCUGGCAUGACCACAGCGGAAAAUGGAGUGUGUGUGGACAUAGAUGAAUGCCAGGAUGGCAGUCAUAUGUGCCGCUACAGUCAAAUCUGCCAGAACACGAUUGGUGGGUAUGGAUGUGUUUGUCCUCGAGGCUACCGCUCUCAAGGUGUAGGUCGACCUUGUAUAGAUAUUGACGAAUGCGCCCAGGUGCCCAGCCCUUGUGCUUUUCAAUGCCGGAAUGUUCCGGGCAGCUUCCGCUGCCUUUGUCCACCAGGGACGGUCCUUCUGGGUGAUGGUCGCUCAUGUGCUGGGCUUGAGAGAGGGCAUAUCUUUACCAACAGUACCCGGGUACAAGCCAGGCUGCGGCCCCAGCUGGUAUCUACUUUAGAGCGACCUUACCUCACUCGCCUCUCAGUCCUACCAGAGCACCUUGGAUCUUCACGUCGUCCCAGGCAUGAAUGCCCAGUUGGAUACACCAGCAAGGAUGGUACUUGCAUAGAUAUCGAUGAAUGUGCAUUUAAAAAGCCUUGCCAACAUGAGUGCAGAAACACAGUCGGAAGCUACCGGUGCACUUGCCCACCAGGAUACCAACUAUUAUCCAAUGGCCGAACAUGCAAAGAUAUUGAUGAGUGCACUGUUCAAGGUGUUCAGUGUGGCCCAAACCAAAUGUGCUUUAACACACGAGGGGGCUACCAGUGUCUUGACACACCCUGUCCCACCAGCUACCAAAGAGGACGCAAUCCAGGCACCUGCUACAGACCUUGCACUUCCAGACUAGAUUGUGGCUCCACAGGCUUUCCUCCGCUCCAGUACAAGCUCCUCACUCUUCCUCUGGGCAUACCAGCACACCACAACUUGGCCCGUUUGUCAGCUUUCUCUGAAUCAGGUGUUCUCCAAGACCACACAUCCUUCACUAUCCUGGAACAAGGAGGGGAAAAUGGAGAGAGGCCAUUUGGCAUCAAGGACGAAGCAGGAAGAGGCAUCAUAUUCACAGUAAAGGCUUUAGACUGGCCCGGCCUGGUGCGACUUCGGGUACAAGCCACUACGCUGUCAGACCAGGGGCGCAUAACCUACCAGAGUAUCUUUAUUAUCUACAUCUCCAUAUCCAAAUACCCCUACUGAGUGUGCAAGACUGCACAGGAUGUACUGUUGCUUAAUGGGACAUGGGAGAAGCAUUAGUAAAUGAACUUGAUUCCCACCUAUUUAUGUGCCCUCUUGUGGAGCGGAAUGUUGGAUUAAUGAAUUAUCAUCAGGAUAAUAAAUACAUUGCACCUUUUAUAAUUACUAUUAUUUGAAAAUAAUGUAGUAGCUUUGAAAUCUUACCUGUUCUUUUGUUUUCACUGAUGUGCUGUUUUUUUUGUUUUGUUUUUUCUCCAUUUUUGUGGUAAUGAAUCGGGAUACAUCUGGUAUUAAAACAACAAAAAUAAUAGCAGAAGACAUUUCCCACUGACAUUUUGACCAGGCUUCAGUUUCAGCCUUAUAUGAUCACCAACUAAUUUCCUACAUUAAAACUGAUUACUGGUAUGUUUAGAUAUAUUUACUUAUCAUAUAUUGUAUUGCUAUAUUCUUGUACAUUAUUGAGUGUACUUUCGUAUGAGAAUGAGUGUGUGCGUGUCUGAAUUAUUGCGAGCGUGUUUGCAAUGUUUGUGAAUAUUGAUAUGGUAUUGCUUUCUUUCCUCAUCACUCCUUGAAACUAAAAAGUAGAUUAUAAAAAUUCUUUAAAAUAUAUUAUUUUGGUCAAACAGACCCAUCUUUUUGACACUGAACACCAUUCCCUUUUAAUCCUCACAAGAAAUAGGAUAUGCAUAAGAAUCAAUUGCUUUAGAAUUUUAAAAUGCUAAAGACCAGGAAACUUUUGGGUAUCGUCAGCAGGCUUAUUUAUUGAGAACAUGCAGUGUGGCUCUGCAGUCAUCAAAAGUCUAAGGCAGGCAUACAUUGUAUUUCAGGCGUUCAGUGGCACUGGACAGUCCUUAAAGGUGUUACCUUACACAGCCUCAGAAUUGACCACUCUAAGCUAAACAUCUAAAGACAAUAUAGAUAAUCAUCCCCCAGGUUUGAGUUCCAAUAAACCUAGUCCCUAAACAUAAUAGGUUAAGGUAGGUCAAGUACCUCUUUAACACCUUUGCAGGUGUGUACGAAUAUGAAUCACUGUCCUAAUACGGUAUCUUCACUGUGUCUGGUUGAGCUAAACUGAUGAACAUUAAAUAAUAUGUAUCAAUAAAAAUGCCUGUUUUGAGUGUAUAGUAAUUAAAACAAAUAUUACAGGUUUCAUCUCAAGUAAAGGCAAACUCUCAGUUACUCUCCUCAUUUAUGAAUGUUAAAUUGAUGUUCUAACACAUUUUAUUUUAAAUAAUUAUUACAAUAAAAUGCAUUACAAUUUAAUCAACACUAAAUGAAAGUUUACAUAUGCACAUUACAGUCCACAAUGAGCAGGUGUGCAUAAAUGAGCUAACCCUAAGGUCUUCUGAGUGCCAUAUUAACUGCACUUCUGCGGUUGCAAUAAAUUUGCAUUUGAUCAUAUUUUGAAUGUCAUAUGCAGUUUGCAUAAACAAAUACAGGCUAUCAAUAGGUAGUUUCUUUUCCCCUUUUUUGUUUGACCCUGAACUGUAGGGCAUUUCAACGAAGAGAAAAGGUUAUCUUGCAUAAUGAACAUGAAAUCUUUAUGAACAUACUCAGAAGGUCUUAAACCAAUU